UCAAACACUAUUCUAUUUUUAGUAACCACAAUACCCGCCAAACUUAUUAUCCAAAAAAUAUAUAUAAAACUCCUAAUUAUACAACCGAGCUGAGAAAAUGACACCCAGUGGCCUUUUGAAAUUGCCCCCACCAAUUUUUUUUUUUUGCUUUUCUUGGGAAAGUCACAAUCUUUCCGGGAAAAUCAAAGAUAUUUGCUAAUACCCCUUUUUAAGAAUAAGAACUAGAGCUAGUUAUCUGGUUGGUAGUGAGAGAAUUUGAGAAAAAUGGACAGCCGGAUGGUGAUGGAGGGAGGGAAUAAUGUUGUUGUUUCUGUAUCAUCUAGUGGUGGUGAUGAAAGUGAUGUGGUUAAGGAAUUGAUGGAGGUGAUUGAGAGCGUUGGAUUGUAUAGUGGGUACAGGAAAACACAGAGGAAGGACUGCUUGAGUUUGGUAAGGAGGUUGAAGCUGUUGGUGCCUUUUUUAGAGGAGUUAAGGGAGCUUGGUACAUCGGUUUCCGGUGAGGCUUUGAAUUGUUUGGAUAAUUUGAGGAAAGCACUUGUAUCGGCAAUGAAAUUGCUGAAGCAUUGCAACUAUGGAAGCAAGAUUUAUCUGGCAUUGGAAAGUGAGGCAGUUAUGAGCAGAUUUCUUGGUGUUUAUGACAAAUUACAUCAGGCUUUGGAUGGUAUGCCUUACGAUGAGCUCGGGAUCUCAGUCGAAGUGAAAGAGCAAGUUGAGCUAAUGCGUAUGCAACUUAAAAGAGCAAAGAAAAGAACAGAUACAAUAGACAUGGAGCUAGCAAUGGACAUGAUGGUUGUAUUCUCUAAUAUGAAUGACACGAAUGCAGACAGAGCAAUACUAGAAAGACUAGCUAUCAAGUUGGAACUACGAACUUUUACAGACUUGAAUCAGGAGACAUUGGCUGUUCAAAAACUAGUUAAAAAGAGAGCUAGGCACAAUGCUGAGAACAUCCAGCAAGUCGUAGAUCUUUUGGGGAAAAUAAAACAAAUUUCAGGGCUCGAAGAGACAACUGCACUUGAUGGUCCUGUUUCAUCUAAAAUUCUUCAGAGGUGUCAGUCCUCAUUAGUCCCUCAUGAAUUCCUCUGUCCAAUUACUCUAGAGAUCAUGACGGAUCCAGUUAUUGUGUCUACUGGACAGACAUAUGAAAGAGAAAGCAUACAGAAAUGGCUGGAUUCUAAUCAUAGGACCUGUCCAAAGACUGGACAAAUUUUGCUUCAUUUGUCACUAGCACCAAAUGUUGCUCUCAAGAACCUUAUUCAGCAAUGGUGUGAGAAGAAUAAUCUUGAGCUGCCCAAGAAAGAUCCUUACAUUGGCCCUGAUGGCUCUUCUACUGAGUUCAUAAAGGAAAUCUCUUUCCUGGUUGAAAAUCUAUCAUCUUGUCAGUUGGAUGUGCAAAGAGAGGCCGUUUUGAAGAUCCGUAUGCUCUCCAAAGAGAGCCCCGACAACAGAAUUUUGAUUGCCAAUAGUGGUGGAAUCCCUCCUUUGGUUCAGCUCCUUUACCACCCGAAUUCCAAAGUUCAAGAACACACCGUGACAGCUCUUUUGAACUUGUCGAUUGAUGAAGCAAAUAAAAGACUCAUAGCAAGAGAAGGAGCUGUUCCUGCUAUAAUCCAAAUUCUGCAGAAUGGAACAGAUGAGGCAAGAGAAAAUUCUGCUGCAGCCUUAUUUAGCUUGUGCACACUUGAUGACAACAAAGUAUUGGUGGGCACAUUGAAUGGAAUCCCUCCCUUGGUAGAACUUUUGCAACAUGGAACGAUCAGAGGUAAAAAGGAUGCUGCUACUGCACUAUUUAAUCUGUCUUUAAACCAAGCUAACAAGUCCAGGGCCAUUCAGGCAGGUAUCAUACCCCCAUUGCUCCAAGUGCUUGAGGAUAAGAACUUGGGCAUGAUUGAUGAAGCCCUCUCAAUCUUGUUACUCCUUGCAUCACAUCCGGAGGGCCAAAAUGAGAUUGGAAAGCUAUCUUUUGUUGAAACACUUGUUGAAAUCAUUAGACAUGGUACACCCAAGAACAAGGAAUGUGCUACAUCUGUUUUGCUAGAGUUGGGGUUGAAUAAUUCUUCUUUGGUUUUGGCUGCACUUCAGUAUGGUGUAUAUGAGCAUUUGGUAGAGAUUGCAAGAAAUGGAACCAAUAGAGCUCAAAGAAAAGCAAAUUCCCUUUUGAAUCACAUGAGCAAGUGUGAACACCUCCCUUGAAAUUUCAACAAGUUCCUGUUGAUUGUCACCUAGCUACAUCAAUAUGGGGAGCAUAUAUCGAAUUUCAGUUUGUGCUUUCUUUUUUGUGAUUUUAUGCCUUGUCUUCAAACCUUUUUAAGAAUAGUAAAUUUUUGUCUCUGUAGUCUGUACA